GUCUCCAGAAAAUAUUCCAAUGCUCUUUCGCAUUGAGCAUCCAGUGUCAUAAAUCAGAAGGCAAAGUCGAUUUAAUGUAUAGUUUAUAGUACAUCGACACAAUGAUUACGCGAUUCAUCACCGAGGUGAACACCAAGUUCAACCCCUUCUCUAUGCGCUCAAGAGCUACACGAUUAUUCCUCAGUUCUCUCCCUCCUAAUGCGCGACAGAGUGGCAUGCAAAUAAAUACCACCCUCCUGCCACGAGCGUCCACUUCACCACCUACCCUUCUUAUUAAAUUCAAAGAUGGGAAAGAAAUGAACCUAGACGGCGAGCAGUUAGGUAUAAAGGGCAUCAUUGAAGAGGUCGACAGACAUUCACGAGCUUUGCAGAAACAGGCGGAUUUAACAGAUGGUUAAUAAUCAUGCAAUCCAGUCGUAUGGCCAAUCCAUUACAGCCAGAUACCUAAGUGUCUAAAGCAUUUAUUGCAUUAAGCAUUGACCGGCGUUUUACUUGGGUUAUUGGCGCAAAAUAAGCUCUCAAAUUAUCCAUGAGCUUGCAAACUGAAGGGAAUCACGAGCCACGAGCCACGAGAAAGCAAAA